AUGCCCAUCUGCACCAGCUGCGCGGAGCCAACGGCGUACCUGUACACCGUCUACGACUCGGCGUACAACUUCCGCUUGGAGCAGUGCACCGCCUGCCACGCGUUCGCGGACCCAUACGUCGAGCACGACACUCUCACGCUCCUCCUCGAUCUGAUUCUGCUCAAACGGGACGUCUAUCGCCACCUUCUCUACAACCGCGGCCUGGGCGCCCGGAAGGCCGGCGACCCCAAGGCGCCCACUAGCACAAACCCGCCCGACGCCAGCAGUAGAAGCAGCCUGCUGCCGCAGCGACACAGCGAGCGCGAUCGGUGGUCGCUCAUAUUCAAGUUGGGCGCGGCCCUGAUCUGCGUCGACGCAUUCAUCCGGUGGACACACAUCAAUAGCUCGCGCACGCCCCACCCCGGUGACACCGCCGCGACGGCCGCCUGGAGUCGCGCCGCACUGCACGGCUUCCUGCGUAUCCUCGUGGGCUGUCUCUUCGAGACAGCGGCUUUUCACGCGGGCGUUGUGCUCGCCUGCUACGCCGUGCUAAGGGCCCUUCCGACCGCCCAGGCGCCCGUGUCGGGCAUCCGGGAGCAGUUCAGGUACUCGCACGUCCCGCUGACGCUGCUCUACUCGUCCCUCACGAAGCUCUUCCUGCUCUUCUGCCUGUCCGUGUGGCACCCCGACGCGGGCCCCACCGCUGUACACGCCGCGCCACCGCCGCUGCACCCUGACGCGGUGUUCGAGCACCCGCUCAUCACUGGCGCGCUGUCGCUGCUGGACGCGGACACGCUCGACCGCGCGUGGGUCGUGCGGAACGUGCUGGGGGGCAUGGCCGCCGGCUUCGGGCUGCGAGUCGUCCUCGACUGCCACCCGGUCUUCACGACGAUCAUCAUCAUCGCGGGCUGGCUCGUCAAGACCGCCGUCGCGGGCCUCGUAAGCGGGUGGGUGGGCACGGGGCUGGACGCGGACGCAAAAGCGGCCGGCGAGAUGUGGUUGGCCUAUAGCAUCCCGUAA